AUGCCUCUCUCGCCCAUUGCUCGGAAGGGUGUGUUAGCCGCUGUUGUGAUCAUAGCCCUUUACUUCUUCUUGGUGCCGUCGUCGGUGACCACAAACCCCAUAUCAACGAACGCCGGCGCGCAGCCUGCGCCGCCUGCCCAACCGACCCGAGCAUACCCGCCUCCGUCCACGAAGCAGCAGUCAAUACAAGAAGUUGCCACGAAACCGCUACGAGAGCGUCUACACUAUCACUUCCCCUACGAUAUUGAGAGCAAGUUCCCUGCGUAUAUUUGGCAAACAUGGAAAACCGCUCCGGGGUCGGGCGACUUUGCAGAUCGCCUUCGGCCCUUCGAAGCGUCGUGGACGGAAAAGCACCCAGGUUUUGUGCACGAGGUCAUCACUGAUGAUGCUUCUAUACACCUGAUCAAUUAUCUUUAUGCGUCCGUUCCCGAAGUCACCGAGGCUUACGAGGCCAUGCCGUUGCCCGUCAUCAAGGCCGAUUUCUUCCGCUACCUAAUCCUGUUGGCGAGAGGAGGCAUCUACAGUGACAUCGAUACCCGAGUCCUCAAGCCAGCAACCGACUGGCUGCCCUCGGAUUUCGACAAGUCCACGGUCGGUCUAGUGGUUGGCAUUGAAGCCGAUCCGGACCGCGAGGACUGGGCCAAGUGGUAUGCCCGGCGGAUACAAUUCUGUCAAUGGACUAUUCAGUCCAAGCCGGGCCAUCCUGUCUUGGUCGACAUUGUGGCCACCAUUACGGAGAAGACACUCAAGAUGAAGGCGGGGAGAAGCUUCUUGACUGGACAGGCACUCCAGAAGAGCAUCAUGGAUUACACUGGGCCUGGCAUUUGGACCGACACCAUCUUCAAAUAUCUCAACAACGAGGACUACUUUGAUUUCUCGCAGAGGACGACCAAUGUCAGCUACUCGGAGUUCUUCAAUCUGAAGGAGCAGAAGAGAAUCGGGGACGUGAUAGUACUCCCUAUUACCAGCUUCAGCCCUGGUGUCAAUCAGAUGGGUGCCGGUGAUACGGACAACCCCUUGGCAUAUGUCAAGCACGAAUUCGAUGGCAGCUGGAAACCGGAAGAGGAGCGAAAGAAGCACGGCUAG